GAGCAGAGCAUUUUGUAACGCACACCAACUACGAUGCUGGCGAUUGCGACGUUGUUGGCUGCUCUCGCGUUGGCAGCGGGCGAAAACACCAAUAAAAAUCCUCACUUCGUCCCUGGCCACGACUCUAUCGUGCACCUCUUCGAGUGGAAAUGGAACGACAUUGCCAGGGAGUGCGAACAAUUCCUUGGACCAAUGGGAUACGGUGGAGUACAGGUGUCGCCGUUGCAAGAGAACCUGGUGAUCAACAACAGGCCAUGGUGGGAACGUUACCAGCCGAUUUCUUACUUGUGGACCACGCGGUCCGGCACGAAAGAGGAGUUUGUCAACAUGGUCGCGAGAUGCAACAAAGCCGGUGUCCGAAUUUACGUGGACGCUAUUCUGAAUCACAUGUCCGGCAACUGGAACAACGCCCACGGCACUGGAAACUCCAGGGCGGACACGUACAAAUUCGAGUACUAUCAGGUGCCCUACCACCAGCAACAUUUUCAUAAACCCUGCUCGGUCAACAAUUACAACGAUCCGUCGAACGUACGAAACUGCGAAUUAACCGGCCUUCACGACUUGGAUCAGAGCCAAGAGUACGUGAAGUCCAAGCUGCUGGAUUUCUUGAACGCGGCUGUCGACGCGGGCGUUGCUGGCUUCCGAAUCGACGCUGCGAAGCACAUGUGGCCAAGCGACUUGAACAACAUUUACUCGAGAAUAAAGGACCUGAACACCAAACACGGUUUCCCUGCGAACGCUCGGCCAUACAUAUACCAAGAAGUGAUCGACUACGGCAACGAGGCGAUCUCUAAGCGCGAGUACAAUCAACUGGCCGCCGUGAUCGAGUUCAAGUACGCUGCUGAAAUCUCCAACGCUUUCCGAGGUAACAACAAUCUGAAAUGGCUCGUCAACUGGGGAGAGAAGUGGGGCCUUUUAUCUUCGCAAGACUCUCUCGUUUUCGUCGAUAAUCACGACACGCAACGCGACAAUCCUAAUGUACUCACUUACAAAUUGUCGAAAAUGUACAAGAUGGCCGUCGCCUUCAUGCUGGCUCACCCGUUCGGCACUCCGCGCGUAAUGAGUUCCUUCGACUUCCAAAGCAAGGAUCAAGGACCACCUCAAGAUGGCAACGGCAAUCUCGUGUCUCCUGCUAUCAAUCCGGACGGCACUUGCAGAAACGGUUGGAUCUGCGAACACCGCUGGAGACAGAUUUACAACAUGGUUCGUUUCCGUAACGUGGUUCAUGGAACGACUGUCAACAAUUGGUGGGACAACGGUAGCAAUCAGAUCGCGUUCUGCCGCGGGAAUUCUGGAUUCGUUGCGUUCAACGGUGACCAGAACGAUCUGAGAACGACCCUGAAGACCUGCUUGCCCGCUGGUACGUACUGCGACGUGAUUUCUGGCAAUUUGAAGGACGGACGAUGCACCGGGAAAGUGGUCAACGUGCAACAAAAUGGCAACGCGUACAUCGAGAUCUUGAAAGGAGAGGAAGACGGAGUUCUCGCUAUUCACGUCAAGGCGAAACUGUAAAACCAACGAGGAGGAAGUUGAUCGUCGCGCAGAUCGUCGGAUCAAAGUGACGAAUCAAAGGCAAAUAUAAAUUCUGCUCAAACUGUUAUCACACUGUUCGUGUCUUCUGUUUGUAUUGCAACGUCCACUUGUGGAUGCGCAAUGGAACAAAGACAACGUUCACUUGUUUAUCAUAAUAAAAUUUCUUUUUCAAGCCUCGACGACGACAGUCCUCUUGCGAAAAAGUCCCAUAUUCACAAAGUUUGCAAUCUCCUCCUCCGCAGAUCAGUUUCCUUCCUCGCGUGAUUUUGGGUUUGGCGAAAGCAACUUGGCCGAGCACAGAUACUUUUCAACAAGGUUUAUUUUAACAGAAACAAUGUAUUGUUCUUGUUCUCUUUUCCACCAUUAAUUUCUACUAUACAUAAUAUGACAGUUGUUAAUCGGUAGAGUAAUACACGACAGACGCGCGAUGGAGAAAUAAAAAAAUGGGGAACGUCGGGAGGAAAUUUCUCGCGAGGAAAAUAGAGUAACGUUUGGUACGUAAUAACGGGGAAAUAAAUCGCAGAAGGAAAGGAAGGAUGAGAAGGGGUGAGAAAUAAAAUCGU